GCAACGAAACUGGCAAACUGGCGCAAACAAAGAUAAAGCUACGUCACAGGUCAACCACAACAAGCAGACAUUCCACCAGAAAAUUUAAAAAAUAGCGUUAGCCUCAUAUUAACAGUACCAUUUUUUACAGCUUUACAGAAAUGACUGACCGUGUUCCUUGGAUAGAGGAGGUAGAAGCGAGAGUUCGUGGGUUAAUGGAGUGUUUUCAUGAACGUGAAGUAGAGCUCACUCGUUUGGCCGAGCAAUUGGAGAAGGAACGCGCUGCUCUCGACAAAGAAACGAAAAAACGCAGGAAAGAGACAGAACAAGAUAUUGCAGAACAGUAUCGGAAACUAAACGAAGAAAAGCAACGCUUCCACGAUGAGAUACAGCGCAUGGAAAUGGUACAAGAGUUUCAGGAGUCCAGAGUCAAAUUGGAUGUCGGCGGCCAUCAUUUUACUACAUCGUUACUAACGUUGCGAAAGGAGCCUCAUUCUAUGUUAGCUGCGAUGUUCUCUGGCAGGUUCAAGCUAAAGCAAGCAUCAGACGAGAGUUAUUUUUUGGAUCGUGAUGGCACCCAUUUUCGUCACAUUUUGAACUACCUGAGAGAUGGAUUUCUCGCAGAAACGUUUCCCACCGAUGAAGUGAUUUUGAAGGAAAUUCAACAGGAGGCCAAUUUUUACCAGCUCACUGGCCUUAUUGACUCCAUUGAGGCAAUGCUUAAUCCACCGCCACCAGCACCAGAUUUCACGCAGCAGGAAAUUAAUGACAUUUUAGCUACAGUCACCCAGCAAAGUUCAAGUGAUCAGAACUCUAUGGGUAGAUUUAUUGCUUCAACCAGUCCUGGUAAACAUGUAGAUUUUAUAUUCCACAACAUGACCAAAUCUAACCUAGACUUCAGUGACAAAAAUCUAUCUGGUCUGAGUUUUGCACAUACAACCUUUGCGCACAAUGUGUCGUUCGAAGGAGCAAUCUUGUUUAACACUUGUUUCUAUGGGUGUGAGUUUGCUAGUCAUGUUGUGGUGGAUUUCUCUGGAGCGGACAUCAGUGGGGCUGAUUUUCGGCAGUGCAGGUGCAUCCAGGGGGGUCCCAAUGCUUUUGGGGGUCCCACUGGACCAAGUGCAGGGGAUGUGGGGGGUGGGUUUAUGUAUGGCUCAAGCUGUUCUAGCUUUGCACAUCUAAUUGAAACAGGGCAUGUAAAAUUUAGAAAGGCAAAGCAUAUUGGAACCAAAUUUGACCCCAAAAUUGUUGAUAUUAUCAAAUUUUAACAUAUAUCUCAAAUUAUUGUCCCCUACGAAUAUAUGAUAUAGUCCCAUUUACAAAAUAAAAUAUAAUUUUUUAGAUAUGUCGAUUAGUUUGUGAGUGUUUUGAAACUGGUUUCAGGUAAUUAAAAUUAUCUGUAAAAGCAUUAAAAUGAGUAUGCGCCA